UCAUCAACUCGUUUAUUAUAUAGUUGUAUAUUAACGUGUCUAGCAUUUUGUUUUGCACUAUUUUUGGAGGCAUUCUAUCCCGAAUGGAUUUAUAUGAUAUUUGUUGUAUUCAAACACAGAGAUGAACAACAAAUUGAAAUUAAACACAAAAUAUUUUUGGCACUCAAGAGCACCGGAUUUAUUGUGGGAACGGCAGUUGCUGUCAGCUAUAGAUACCUGAGCCGACAGCUAGUACUGGCCGCAGCAUUUGCUACGAUAGCCAUAUUUUAUACGGUCAUACCGCUGGCCGGAACACCCGAUGCUCUAUAUUUCUUUGGGUUUACUAUUGGUUUUGGUUCCAGUGUUCUACUGUCGGCACUGUAUGUCUGGUCAGUUGAGCUCUGGCGAGGCAGUCGUGUACCGGCCGUUCAAAUAAUACAAUUAGUCUAUAACGUUGGUUACAUCAUAUCGAGUGAUCCGUUAUAUGAGUUUCUAUUGAAACAAGAGAUCAGUUCCGAAAUACGGAUCGAUGAGGACACGGAUGUCAGAACUAGGCUUAUGAAGCCCAGGUGGGCCAUCGGUAUGACUAUGUUGAUCGUACCAAUAAUAUUGAUAGUUUUGUACUUUGUGGCACCGUACAAAAAUAAUACCGGCGCCGAUGAUGAUGAUGAUAAUAAUGACAAACGUAAUGGUCAAGGUGCUAUUAAUUAUGAUAAUAAUGAUGAUGAAAAAAUAUUUGACGAUCUCGACAGCACCGGUAUUAUUGUUCGGGCAUUGUUUGCACUAUUGUUGGCACUGUUCGCCAUUUGUGAGGUAAUGCUAAUCGCCCGGUGCACCGGUUUCUAUGGCAGUUAUCUCAGAUCACUUCCGCUUAACUUAUCUCUGGAUGUGUCAUUGAAAAUGAUUAACACUAUAUUGUAUGUAAUGACUGCCGGUUCGCUUAUCAAUCUACUGUUACCUAUAAUCAGAGUUGAUAUGAAAUACACUGUUGGCGCACAUCUAUUUCUUGUUACUAUCGGAGCCAUACUACAGUUCCCGGGUAGGACAUCCCUAUCGAGUCUAUGGGCAUCAAACGUAUUUCUAGGACUGGGCUAUUCGGGAAUGUUUGCCAAUGUUAUUACAUAUGCCGAACAAUAUAUGUCAAUAACAGAUACAUUAUUUUCACUGUUUUUGUCAAUGAAAGGACUGGUAGGUCUGGUACUGCCGUUCAUAUGUUUCAAAGUACUGGCCGACGACCAGAUCGUUGUCUAUACUGUCGUCCAAUUUCUUUAUGUACCGCUUUCUCUAACAGCAUUUGUGGCCAUUGUUUUACUAGUCUAUAGACAUAGCUAUCAUAGUAGCGAUGAAUAA